AUGAUGUCGUUGAUGUUGAGCGCACUUUUACUUGUCACCUUAGCAGGGACCAUCUCUUCCGACUCUUCAUUUAUUCAAAAAUGUACAACUAAUUUGGAAUGUCCAACAGACCAUUGCUGUUUGCUAGGACCUUCAAGAUUCGCGAUACCGACUUGUAUGCCAUUUCAACAGAAGCGCGAACAAUGCCGAGUAAACGCUGAUACUGUUACGGCUAAUUUGACUUAUCCGAAUUCGCGGUCUUUAGAAAUUAAAGAGAUCCAUUUCAUCUUAUGUCCUUGUGCAGAUGGAUUAUCUUGUAAGCAUGGUAUCUGUAAUUAAAAGUGCGUUUUAUAUCAAUUUAAGUAUGAUCAAAAAUAUUAAUUAUAACAGACGAAUUGUUCAGUGAGAAAUAUAUUAUUAUGUGACGAAGUAAUUUUAGUUGCACAUUUUUCAAUCACUUGAUCGUCAUAAUCAAUAUUUAGGAAAAUUAACACAUAUUGGUGCCUAUAGUUAUAAUUAUAAUUAAUAAUUUGAAAUAAAAUUUUUUAUUGAUUAUA